AUGGAUGGCGAAGAGCUACAGGGCUCGCAAAGGGCAAAAGCCGGCCGCCGCAUCUGUGGGGAGUACACUGUUGUUUUGGAUGCUUUCCAGAUGGACCAAGAGUUCAUCAGCAAAUGUAUUCUUCCCGACGUCAUGCACAUCGUCCACUUGGCUUGCUUAGUUGAUGUGGUGACAUCCAUGCUGCUAGACCUCUCGGAUACAACUUUUCCCUGGAGUGGCUCCUCCCGUGAUAGUCGACUUGAGCAGGGAUGGCGAAGUUACAAAAGCUAUUGUCAACGAUGGGGCAUCAAUGACAGAGCCGACCGCAAGCUCUUUACAAACGAUGUCUUGAAAGGUGAUUAUGCUACCGUAUCUCAAAAGAUCCUGCGAGCUGCUGCAUCCAAAUAUAUGGUGUUUUGGUUGCACUUUCUGAUGGAAAGCCUGCUACUGGGCAUGGCAGAGCCUGAGCGGCCUGAGCAUCUGCAGCUCAUUUUCGGUGUGGUGACUGGCCUUAUGCAAUUGGAGCAGAUCCAGAUGGAGAAUGGCCGUUACUUCACUGAAGAUCAAUGCCGCUAUUGCGAGUCUGCUUACUAUCUGUACCGGGCCUCUUACGAUCGAUUGGCUUCAAUGGCCCUGGCCAAUGGAAUCCCUCGCUGGAAGGUGCGACCCAAGCAACAUAUGCUGGAGCACGAGGUGAUUGACUUUAUUGGCGAGUACAGAUGCAACCCUCGCUAUAGUGCGAACUAUAUGGGUGAGGAUGCAGUGAGGCGUGUAAAGCAGCUGGCAGUGGCGAGCCACCCGAAUCACGUGAGCAGACACGUGCUUUUGAAGUGGUCACUGCAGUUCUCACUGCCACUUCGCUCUGCGAGUGGGUGA